AGAUUGACGCGUGAGCGGCUGUCAACGGGCCAGCUGAGCGCAGAAGAGUGAACAACGAACUGGGCUAGAAGUUCAGUAGACCAGCACAACCAACGCAACGAAGGAAACUUUGACAGCGGACCCUAUUUUAUCCAACUUCUAAAGCAUUUGUAGGCUAAAGGUUGUGGAUUGUAGGCCUACCUUUAGUAAAUCGGUGAAUAGGCUGUACAAUCCUUGGCAGUGUUCUGAGACUGUACAGCUGCCUACUGCUUCUGAAAGACAACUUGCAUCUGAAAUGGACUGUGCGUAAAGAGCAAAGAAAUUACAUAAUCUCGAUUUGAUUUUCAAUCAUUUUCAUUUUGUAUGUUAUCUUUUACUUGAAAAUUGUUGCGUAAGUGGACUGAUUCGGACUUUCGGGGAAAUUCCAUUUGUCACUGAACUUUGCAAAAGAAAACAUGACGGCUGAUAAGGACAAGAAAAGGAGCAGUUCGGAGCGGCGGAAGGAGAAGUCUCGUGACGCGGCACGCUGUCGUCGAAGUAAGGAGACAGAGGGGUUUUACGAGCUGGCCCAUCAGCUGCCCCUCCCACACAGCGUCAGCUCCCACUUGGACAAAGCCUCCAUCAUGAGACUGGCCAUCAGCUUCCUGCGCACCCGCAAGGUCGUCGGCCCAGGCUGCUCCAACGGUGCAGAGACAGAGGAGGACAGACAGACGGACAGUAUGUAUUUGAAGUCACUGGAGGGGUUUGUCACCGUGGUUACAUCAGACGGCGACAUGAUCUUCCUCUCAGAAAACAUCAACAAGUUCAUGGGCUUAACACAGGUAGAGUUGACUGGACAAAGCAUCUUUGACUUCACCCACCCCUGCGACCACGACGAGAUUCGCGAGAACCUGAGUCUGAAAAAUGGCACUGGGAAGAAGGGGAAAGCCUUGAGCACUGAGAGAGACUUCUUCAUGAGGAUGAAGUGCACAGUGACAAACCGAGGACGCACUGUCAACCUCAAAUCAGCCAGCUGGAAGGUUCUGCACUGCACUGGCCACCUGAAGGUGUACAACAGCUGCGCCCCUCAUGGGCUGUGUGGGUUCAAGGAGCCUCCUCUCACCUGCCUGGUGAUGAUGUGUGAGCCCAUCCCCCACCCCUCCAACAUCGACACGCCCCUGGACAGCAAGACCUUCCUGAGCCGCCACAGCAUGGACAUGAAGUUCACCUACUGCGACGACAGAGUCACUGAGCUGAUGGGCUACAGUCCUGAAGAUCUGCUGGGCCGCUCUGUCUAUGAGUUCUACCACGCCUUGGACUCUGACAGUGUCACCAAGAGCCACCAGAACCUGUGCAGUAAAGGUCAGGCAGUGAGUGGACAGUAUCGUAUGCUGGCCAAACAUGGAGGCUACGUGUGGGUUGAGACCCAGGGCACAGUCAUCUACAACAGCCGGAAUUCCCAGCCGCAGUGCAUCGUCUGUGUCAACUACGUCCUCAGUGACGUGGAGAACAAGUCCAUGAUCUUCUCCAUGGACCAGACUGAGUCUCUGUUCAAGCCCCACCACAUGAACAGCUUCUUCACCCAGAGCGGUGCUGCGGUGGCCGCGGAGCCCAUCAAGACCCUGUUCACCAAACUCAAAGAGGAGCCAGAAGACCUUGCUCAGCUGACCCCCACUCCUGGAGAUGCCAUCAUCACCCUUGACUUUGGAAGGCCACCGUUUGAGGAGCCUCAUCCUCCUCUUUACCCCAAGAUCUCUCCCAUGCCCCCUCCGGCCACCCAGGGCUGGGUCAGUGAUGCCCACAAGCCCUGCCCGGCAGGAGACAUGUCCAACCACAUGGCUGCCACCUUCUCAGUGCCCCAGAACCCCACACCAGGCAGUGCCACCCCCAGCACGGCCCCCCCUAGCCUGAGCAGUUGUUCCACGCCCAGCAGCCCAGGGGAUUACUACAGCGAGAGAGAGAGUGACCUGAAGGUAGAGCUGACUGAGAAGCUCUUUGCUCUGGACACAGAGGGGCCCAAGAGCCCCGGCAGCACCCAGUCGGUCCUGAGUGAUCUGGACCUGGAGACCCUGGCUCCCUACAUCCCCAUGGACGGAGAAGACUUCCAACUCCACCCCAUCAUUACUGAAGAGGCCCCUGGAGGCCCCGAGGGGGCCGCUGACCAAAUGGGACACCGCACCACACAGAACGGGUUCAGCAACAUCGCCAGCCUCUUCCAGCCCCUGGGAUCCCCACAGUCUGCCCACUACCAGCCCGCCAAGUGGGCCCCAGGAGACAAGAGAGGCCCGAACCACAGUGAAAUGAGCCCCAUGGACUCCAGGCCUACUCUGCCCUACACAGGCAAUGCACAGAUCACCCCCUACCACACCCUAGCCAGCACCCCUUUGUCCUCCAUGGGCGGACGUCAGAACCUGCAGUGGCCCCCCGAUCCCCCGUUACACUACCAACAACAAGUGGACGCCAUGGGCGGAAGCCACUCAUGUCAGAACAUGCCGGUCAACAGGAUGCACAAGCAGAGGUCAAUGGAGAACUUUGUCCAGGCCUACAGAGACAUGAGUCCUGCUAAAAUCGCCAUAGCCAACAACUUCAAGCGCUCCUUCACGCAAAUGGCAGUGGGUGACGCCACCCUGAGUACGCCAUCAGAGAUGAUGUGGAAGAGGAUGAGGAAUGAAAGCUGUGCCAUCCUGGAUAGAUCUCUCAGCACCAGCUCACUGGCAGAUAAAGGUAUGUGCAUACAUGGGGGUGUUGACCAGUGUCUCAGCCCCCUUCAACGGCACAGGAAGUCCCAGUAUCCAGGAUGUGGAAACAGUGCACCUAAAAAAGCCUUCCCCGAACAGUGGUGCAACUACAGAGAAUACCGUAUGCUGCCCUCUCCCAAAACAGAGGGGGUUGCCAGUCGGCUGUUGGGCCCGUCCUUUGAGGCCUAUUGUCUGCCAGAGCUCACCCGCUAUGACUGCGAGGUCAAUGUCCCUCUCCAAGGCAAUCUACACUUGCUGCAGGGCAGUGACCUACUGAGAGCCUUGGACCAGUCCACCUAGACCCAGCACUACACCCCCUACUCCCCCACCCACCCUACCCUGGACCAGGCCUCCUAGACGCAGACAUAUACCCCCUACCCAGCCCUGGACCAGGCCACCUAGACACAGACAUAUACUCCCUACUCCCCCACCCACCCUACCCUGGAUCAGGCCACCUAGACCCAGACAUAUACUCCCUACUCCCCCACCCUACCCUGGACCAGGCCACCUAGACCCAGACAUAUACUCCCUACUCCCCCACCCACCCUACACUGGACCAGGCCACCUAGACCCAAACAUAUACUGCCUACUCCCCCACCCACCCUACCCUGGACCAGGCCACCUAGACCCAGACAUAUACUCCCUACUCCCCCACCCACCCUACCCUGGACCAGGCCACCUAGACCCAGACAUAUACCCCCUCCCGUACUUUAUCUUACCCUACCUAGACAUAGCCCUCACCAACCUCACCUCUACCCAUCCUUACCCUCCAAUAGUCUUAGCCAAUACACCCUAGACUAACACCUCUCUACAACACUGACUGACACCUCAGCCAAGCCCCUCCCCCUGUCCUAAAGUCCUGGCACAUCUAACAUAGUACUACUCCACCACGCCCCACCCACCCUACCAUACCAAGCCCCAUACAAACCUGUUUCAUCGCCAAAGCCACACAUACCCUGCCUCCUCCUCAUCCAUCCACCCUACUGCCCCUAUGUAUCAUUAGAAAAACGUGUGGCUUCUGUUCUAUUUUUGUUGUCUUUAUCAUCAUAAAUUAUAUACGUGUAUAAUUUUUAGUUAUUAGUCUAUUUCUGUUAAAAGAUUUGAUCUGUUUUAGUGUUCUCAAGCUCUAUUCUGUCCCCCAAUUGUGUGAUCUGUAGCAUACUUUUCUUCUGUCUGUCUGUCUGUCUGUCUGUCUGUCUGUCUGUCUGUCUGUCUGUCUGUCUGUCUGUCUGUCUGUCUGUCAAUACGACGCUGUCACAGACACACUAACAAACAAAACAGUCUGAAAUCCAGAUUAAACUUCACCGAAUGUAAGCAUAAUAUCCAGUUUUUUUUUAAAUAAACUUUUUUGUUGUUCUUUUACUACCCUUUCCCCAUUCCUUACUGUCUAGUUUCCUUCAGUCACUGGUGUCUGUUUGCAUGUUUCUCUUGUUCCCUCAGUGUGAGCUCACUGGAUAGUUACAGUGCUUGUCAGGCCAUGAAGUUGAUUGGUCAAAUCAGAGCGUGCCCCAACAUAGGGAGGAGAGUGCUAUUUUCAUAUUUUUGGUACCUUUUUCAUUAGAAGUCAUAUCAGAAUCAGAGAGACUUUGGCCUAGAUCACAGAAGGCUGCUGACGGGAGGACGGCUCAUAAUAAUGACUGGAAUGAAGUGAAUGGGAUGGUAUCAAACACAAUAAAACCAUGUGUUUGAUGUGUCAAUACCAUUUCAUUCAUUCCAUUCCAGCCAUUACUGAGCCCAUUUACUCCAAUUAAGGUGCCAGCAGCCACCUGUGGCCUAGAUUCACUAAGAUCAAGCGUUAACCGGUGAUAGCCGACACCCGCAUAGCUGGUGUUUACAGCUGUUAAAUAAGAGAGGUUGCUCGUGUGGUCAUUGUCACGAAGCCACACCGGUCCCACUCGCAUUACAAGUUCAGAAUGAGUAAGUCUAGGCUAUAUAGAAAUUACAUGACACUCAAAUUGAGAAUCAUUAAACUAAAUAAUUAGGAUUUCUAUCAGCCGAAUCGAGGUGUAAAUUAAAUAUCACAUUCCAGUGUUUGAACUUGUAAACAAGGUUGCAUGGGAUUUCUCUUAAUGCGACUCCUUGUAGCCAAUGACAAUGUCCUCCUUUAGGUAUAAUGCCGGGAGCCGCUUGUGGAUUUGACCACUUCCGACACCGCCAAAAUAACUGCUAUGCAGGUGUCGACUGGCCCUUCGUUUAAGAGAUGGCAACUCGCUAUCAACAUUGAGACUCUUUUUCUGUAUUCCUUCUCUUUCUUUCUAUUUCUUUCUCAUUUAUAAGUAUUUGUCUUUGUGUGGUGACCACUUAAAAGUUUGAAUUUAGCUUUGUACACACAUAUAUGUAUUUAAAGACAGAAGCUAUAAAGUUUCUACUAUAAUGUCAAGAUAGUGUUUUAGUGUUUAUGUGCCUUGGUACUUUGUCUUAUCUACCCAGUAGAUGCAGAUUGUAUUCCUGUGUUUUAGAUGUUACUCCAUAGUGCUGGUGUCUGUUUUGUUUUGUUUUUAAGUGGAAUUUUUUCAGAGUGUAUGCACAAGUAUAAUGAAAUUGUUAGCAGGCCAGUACUGAUCUGUUGUUGCGCUUUAAAGAAAAAAGAAAAUGGAGAGGAAAAAAAUGAUAACAUUUUCUAAGUUCCACUUUUGACAUGUAGCAUUUUGAAUAUUGUAAACAAAAGAAAUUGACACAAAAGUAAUAUCUUUCAACAGUAUCUAAACAGGUGAUGGUGCUUUAUAGAUAUAACCAUCUUGCAUUUGUAGAGGCAACUUUAUAUGUUUCAUGGAUCCACUUUCAGUAACACUGUAUUUUGAUGUGAUGGUUUAUUUUUCUUGCUGAGAUUGUCUUUAAAGGUGAUUCAUAACAGACAUGAUGUGCCUUAACAUUGCCUUAAUGUUGUCUCAACGUUGAUUCAGCCCAGUGUUAUGCCCUUCAAAUGCACAGAUUGUAGACGUAGACGUACAGUAGAUUGUCCAAUAAAACUACACUAGCCUAUACAAAUCCAGAUGUUUAGCUUGGAGAGCUCUAGUGUCAGAUCCAGUAUGUUGAGUAGAUGGAAUUAGAAGUCCAGUCCAAGAUAAAGAAAGAUAAAGAAUCAGAUUCAGCACAUCGACCUAUGUGUCUGGCACCAUGUUGAUUUAAUGCGGGUUUAGGUUGUUAAUAAGAAACCAGAGGCUGUAAUGUGGUGUUAAAUUAGUGAGGGUGAUACACUAAACACUUUAAAGACCAAUCGUCAAUAUCAAAUACUCAGGCACUUCCCUUGACAGCUUGGUAGAACAUGUUUUGUCAAUACAAAAAUCUCAAAAUUAAAACUGUUGAAUCUAAGAUUAUUUCUGGGUUAGACGGCGCAAUAGUUAAAUAUAGACUUAGAGCAAUGGGUGGCAGAUACCUGUUGAAACCUGUUGUAACAGAUGCAGGUGGUGAUAGAGCUAUGAGACAGAGACGGAGAUAGAAGUGAGAUGGGGAACUGAGGGACAGAUAGAGAGGGACUGUGGUACUGAACUGUGACUGACAGAGAGAGAUACAUCCUGCUCAGCCUGCCCACUGAUGCACUGAUCUCUUCACACGCUACUUCACUCAGUAGUCAGCUCAUCUCUCUCUCUCGGUCUCGCUCUCUCUCUCCCCCCCUCUCUCUCACCCCUCUCUCUCUUUCUCUUGCCCUCCCACGUUCAUUUUUAGGUACACCCUGCCAAGUUUAGCCACCUUGUCAACCCUAGCACAUUCUAACAAAGACAAAACAUUGCUUCCACUGUUAAUGGAAAUAUAUCGACACAGUGAGUUCCUCCAAAGACAUGAGAAAAUAUGCUCCUUGUUUUCAUUGAGCCAAAGUGAAUGGAAUGUGGGACAUUUCCUCAAAUUACCCACGUCCCAGAUAAAUUAAACACAAGGAUAAAAUGUUAGGAUGUAUAAUUGUAUGUGUUUAUUUAUUAUGUGGGAACAAUGACAAAUUACAGAUAGUUAGAUCAGACCACUCCGUUAGCUGACAAGUAUCUGCUUUUGGUCCCUAUAUGCGCUGUCUAAAACCCCCAGAUAUGCAGUAUUUAACAUGUAAAAGCAAGCAAAAUUCCCAUGCUUUGCAUUUGUUAUAUUAAACUUAUAUGAGAUUAAAUGUCUCGUUAUUACUUGAAUUCUAAGCAUUAGAAGAAAACCAAAGUAAGAUAGAGAUUAAGUUCUCUGCCUCGCAGGCCAUGUUCCUGAUGGAGAGGAGGCAGGCCGAGCUCCUGUUCCUGAUGGAGAGGAGGCAGGCCGAGCUCCUGUUCCUGAUGGAGAGGAGGCAGGCCAUGCUCCUGUUCCUGAUGGAGAGGAGGCAGGCCGAGCUCCUGUUCCUGAUGGAGAGGAGGCAGGCCAUGCUCCUGUUCCUGAUGGAGAGGAGGCAGGCCGAGCUCCUGUUCCUGAUGGAGAGGAGGCAGGCCGAGCUCCUGUUCCUGAUGGAGAGGAGGCAGGCCAUGCUCCUGUUCCUGAUGGAGAGGAGGCAGGCCAUGCUCCUGUUCCUGAUGGAGAGGAGGGAGGCCGUGCUCCUGUUCCUGAUGGAGAGGAGGCAGGCCAUGCUCCUGUUCCUGAUGGAGAGGAGGCAGGCCAUGCUCCUGUUCCUGAUGGAGAGGAGGCAGGCCGUGCUCCUGUUCCUGAUGGAGAGGAGGCAGGGAUGUCAGAUGGAACUGUAGAUGGGGUGUGGCCUAAAUUGUGCUCCUGUAUGUGAAAUGAGUACGCUAGAGGGAAGUCCCAAAAUGGUAACUGCAGAAGGAAGGCUAUCCACCAGUCCUAGCUGUAGCUACUGUGACACUUGAAGGGCCCAAAAAGUAACCAUACAAAUAUGAAUAAUUGAACAAUCUCAGUUCUCAUCCUCUUUAAAGACAAUAUCAGCAUUCUAGGCUACUAAAUAUAAUGAGGGUUGUUUUUUCCUUGGGAUAUGUUCUGCUUUUAUCCAUUACAUUUGUGGAUGUCUUAUAGUUAUUUUAGAUCAGUGGUUUCCAACCUUUUUUGGUUACCGUACCACCAACUGAAUUUUGCUCUGCCCGGAGUACCUCUGAAGUACCCCCUCAUGUGCAUUUUACCAGUAACCCUAUGGUCUCAUGUGCAUUUUACCAGUAACCCUGUGGAUAGGCCAAGUACCCCCAGGAGUCCUAGUACCCCUGGUUGGGAACCACUGUUUUAGAUGAUCCUAUGAUUUAUAUUGAAUUCAUAUUGACAUUAUUAUAUUGUUAUUAUUUUUGUUAUUACUGUAUGGGGAACUGAACCCAAUAAGAAGACGUAUUUCUGCACUGACAUCUUAUUAAAGCGUACUGAUCUUA